AUGGCCAAUUUGAAAUUCGCCGUCACCAUGCAAAAUUUCCUGCAACGCUGCCAGGCUGCUCUCGACAAGCACGUCGAUGCAGCCAAGGGCAAGCUGCGUCCGUGGAAGAAUGACGCUGUCGCCGCCGCCAAAUCUACCAAGAAAUUUGCUAAGAGAGUCCUCAAAGGAAUCCUGCCCUUCUUGGGCUAUCAUCACAUUUUGAUGAUCCUCAUCGCCAUCGCUGUCAUCCUUCUUUCCCUCCUGCUCGCCGGUUGCUCCAGCACCUCGCCGCUUAUUCCGGGAAUCUUCCUCAUCAGCCUAUACUACAAGUCCUACACUCCUACCUACGACCCGUCUCAGGUCGACCCCGGUGUUACCGCUGCCAUUGCCAACAUUGUCGGCAACGCCGUCCUCGAGGUCCGCGUCGGCUACUUUGGCAUUUGCGUCAAUCCCAACGGCGGCGACUUCCUUUGCUCCAACAAUGCUACCGCUCUUGCUGAGCAGAUCAAUGUCGAUCAGGACCCGCUGAACCUCAUUUGGGUUGCGAGCACCUUCAAGGACAGCAUCGUCUUCCCCUACCUACUCAUCGUCGCCAUCAUCCUGGCCUUCGUCACCUUCAUCCUGCUUGCCACCUUCCCGGGCUGGCACGAGGAGCAAGACGCCACCACCGGUUCCGAUGUCGAUGUCAAGCCGUUCCCUUCGCGCCCCGUCUCGCAGGUCGCUCUCGCUCUCAUCUUCAUCUCGUCCAUCUUCGUGCUGGUGUCGGUCCUAUGGCAGCACACGGCAUCAGUCGCCGCCGCAACCGUGGCUCAGGAUCUCGGCAACGGCAGCAUCAGGUCGGGCGUCGGCACCGCUUCCAUGGUCCUCGGCUGGUUCGGCUUCGUACUACUCAUAAUCGUCACGAUUGGCUUGCUAGUCAUGAUCUUGAGCAUCAUCGUCCUGGACAAGCUUACCGACGGUUGA